UUAACCAUAGAUGUGCUGGAGACAAAAUGUCAAGUGAUCAGCAGGAAGCCAUGGAAGAAAUGUGAAGUGAAGGAUGUAGCUGACAUACCAGUGUAUGGGAAGUGUAUGGCAUCUAUCUACUUGCCUGCCACGGUCAUCGUCGACACAUGUCCAGACUGUCCAACAGUAGAGUGCCUGGAUGACCCCAUCAUAGCGGAGACGGCCAAUCUGUCCCUCCAGACAUACAACAGAAAGAGUUGCCUUACCAACUACUACACUCUCCUCAACCUAACAGUAGCUAACAUGCAGUGGGUUGAGUGUCCGUCCUACUUUGUGGAGUUCACCAUUCAAGAGACGGUCUCUGCUAAGGACAAUCCUGACGUUGAUCUGACCCAAUGUAAAAUGAUGGACUGUGAAUUUUCAAUGGAGCACUACACUACAGCUACACACUGUCUAUCAUAUUCUGAAAUAGGUAAAAAGGGAAAACCAACUGAUCAAAAUUAUGAUUUGUAUGUGACAAGCUGGCAACUAUUCACACAAGGGCUUGGCACAGGCUCUCACACCACUCUGGAUGAUGGCAUGUUUGAGAUCAAACUUCCCAUCGAGUUCAAGUGUGAAAUCUUUGAACCAGAGGUUGGGAAUUUCCACAACAGUGCCAUCACUGCCAUACUAUGAUGGAACCUCAGUAACAUAGAGACAGCACAGCAGUAACCUCAGAAAUUGGGCAGAUGAGACCCCCACAAUGUAGGAGUUUGUUCCAGUCCAGAUCUGACUAAAUUGUGAUGUAAAUUCAGGACCAAGACUAGGUCUAGGGGUAGGGGAAAGGAAGGGGUUGAUCUCGGAGUGGGCAUGUUCUGAUUGACCCAUUUCGUAAGCACUUAAAGUUAUUAUAAUUUUUAUGUCCAUCUCUCAGGCUAGAGAAGAAGUGAUGAGAACCAUAAACAUGCACACACACUGCUUGCUGUGGGGUCGUGGUGGUCCUAUCCCCCACCUCAAAGAGCCUCACCAGCAGCAAGCAACUGUCCAGGCAAGAGAAAAAACUACUUGGGACUGGACAGGUUUCAAAUCUGAUUGAUAAACAUCUUACGUUACUGCAAUAACAGCUAAUUAACACUUUUUUUAUGAGAUCAAAGCUAUUUGGUAACGAUGGCACUAUGACUCCAAUACUUCCCCUCUUUUGCCCUGGCUGGAUGUUUCUUUUGCUAUUUUGGAUCACAUAUGUAAAGAAUUCCACAACAUUGUACUGUAUGAUAAUAUGAACUAUAAUGUGUGUGUAUCAGAGCAAUAAAUUAAU